GGCAUCGCAACGUUGUGUUGCUAAAGAUUCUGUGGACUGUGUUCGCGUACCGGACCGAGGCAGCACGGUGUCAGUUAUAUUGUAGGAUAUCGGACUGUUCGCGACUGUGUUCGGAUGCCACGCUAGAGCUGCGGUGGGAGAGGACGGAAUGGCAGACAUACGCAAGAAACUCGUGGUCGUGGGGGACGGCGCGUGCGGGAAAACGUGUCUUCUGAUCGUGUUCAGCAAAGACGAGUUCCCCGAGGUCUACGUCCCCACCGUGUUCGAGACGUACGUGGCGGACAUAGAGGUGGACAACAAGCAGGUCCAGCUCGCGCUGUGGGACACGGCGGGCCAGGAGGACUACGACCGCCUGCGGCCGCUCUCCUACCCGGACACCGACGUCAUCCUCAUGUGCUUCUCCGUGGACAGCCCGGACUCGUUGGAAAACAUUCCCGAGAAGUGGGUGCCCGAGGUGAAACACUUCUGCCCCAACGUGCCCAUUAUUCUGGUGGCGAACAAGAAGGACCUGCGCAACGACGAGAACGUGAAGAACGACCUGUCGCGGCUGAAGCUGGAGCCGGUGAAGGCGGAGGACGGCCGCGCCAUGGCCACGCGCAUCGGCGCCUAUGACUACUUGGAGUGCUCGGCCAAAACCAAGGAGGGGAUCUGGGAGGUGUUCGAGACGGCGACGCGCGCCGCGUUGCAGAAGCGGCGGACGCCGCCGAACGGGUGCCUCAAGUGCUGCGUCCUGAUGUGAGCGGACUUUGUGCGGCCGACGAUGACGCACCCGCGGCUCCGCCACGAGGCUCUGGACGCGCCUCGACGUGCGCGGCGGCGACCGGGCUGAGCCGAAACAUGUGACUGGCGACGAAUGACUUGUUUUGAGCACGGCUGGGGAUCUGUGUGGGAACGGGAUCUGGUUCCAGCCUGGUGUCUGGUGGAUCACAUGGUCCCAGUGUGACUCAGAGGGGUGAAGAAGAGACGCCAGCUGUCGACCCCCCUCUCCCGUGGACAAGGCUGACCGCAGGCCUGCUUUGGAGCCAACGUUCCAAUUGCUGAAUUAUCGUGUGUGUGAAAGCCUUCCUGCCACGGUUCAUACUUUACAAUGGGCAAAGCAAAAGACUGCACUCUUUACUUGUCUACCUUGUUGUGAAAACGUCCCCCAACGCUUAGUAAAUCACGGGAGGAACCAGUCCCGGAAGCCUAAACUCCAGCUUGAGUGUUGUUCACUGGUGGAUGUGGACAAUCUGCUUCGCGUUUCCGUUCCGCUCUAGUUGUGUUACAUUUAAUGUACGCGGGCAGUAUUUUCAGGAGAGCUCUGAGCAUGAGACUUGUUGUUCUGUUGUAAAAACAUUGUGUCAUGAGAGAAUUGGCUCUAUAAGUGGUGGGAUAUUUAUACAGUAUAUGGAUUAAGCCAUGUGAUGACAAAACCAUAUUACUAUAAUUAUACAACAAUGACACAAAUUUAAAUAAAGGGCAUCCCUUUGACUAGAACUAACUAGUAUUAUUUUCCUUUUUUGUUUUCAGCUGUACAACUAACUUAUACUGGUUGAGAAAGGUUUUCCGAACCUAAUGUCUUUCAUUAUGAUUGUAUGUGAAACUCGAAGCCUGGCUGAUACUUUGAACGUAAUGUCACUGAGCAUUUUCCACUCUUGUGAAACUAAUUCAGCUCCUGUUUUAACGUGUCUCUGCGCACAAGCGUGGUGUAAGUGACUUUGAGGGAGUUCUUGUUCCAAUGACAGCUAUGAACAAAGGGAGCUGUUAAAAACCCUGCUGGAUGUACACAGCGAGAUGCUUUUUUAAUGGAAACUGAUGACAAAUGUUCAACUUAGCUUUAAAUGGUUUUACAAAGCUUAGUAAGAUACGUAAAAAAAGCCGAGUUGAAGGAGUAACUUGUAUUAGUUGAAUCAGAGUUAUAGGCGUGUAAAAGUCACAUUCCUGCUGUCUGUUGCUGGGCUUUUUGCUGACUUCCACAUCAGGAAUGCUUUGUGCUGGACUGGUAAAUUUCCCACACUGGCCUCUUUCAUGUGCCUCUGAUUUCCAGUGUUCACUGAUCAGGCUGUGAGGUUUCACCCGUGUUUUUUAGAACAAAUGUGCUUAUCCUGUUCAGUGUGCUCACAUUAUAUUGCACAAUAUUUUCUAGGAGCGGAUGGUAGAUCGCAAACAGUGGGAAUCCACGACGCAAUGAAAGAGAACAAGCUGUACUAUUCCGGGAAAGUAAAUAAAAAUCAGUGUGUCACUA